AUGUCUGCUGCAUCGGGCUAUGUUGCUGUCCCUCACUGUCCGGUGAUCUUCGAUGGUACCAACUACACCGAGUUCGCUGGCUUCAUGUGCAUUCACAUGCGCGGCAUUCGUCUCUGGGGUGUUCUUUCUAGCGAGGUCUGCUGUCCGCCACGUCCGGUCCCUCCGGUGGCCCCUACUCCGCCGACUCCACUGGUUCUUCCUACGGAUGCUACUCAGGCCGCCAAGGAUGCGGCUAAGCUUGCUGAUGAGACUGUUGAUCGUGCUUAUGAUGAGAGGGUUUUGGCUUAUGAGGAGGCUCUUCAGACGUAUCAUGGUGCUUUGUCUGUUUACACCCAGUGGCUUGAUGAUGAUGCUCGUGCUGCAGCUAGUUCUGCUAUCUGGCGCCAGCUUGAUUCUCUCUGCAGUGCUGGUUGUCGUACUUGCCCCUGCUGCCAGGCUGUCCAGGCCAACUUGGAGUUUCAUCGCGUCUACGAGUUCCUGUCUCGCGCCGAGUUUGAGCCCCGGCGUGCUCAGUUGUUUGCUCGUGGCCGCAUUUCUCUCAUGGAGGCGCUUUCAGAGAUUCAUGCUGAGGAGACUCGCUUACGUGGUGCUGGUUUGCUGGAGGUUCCCUCUGUGCUUGCUACUCGGGCUUCUUCCACUCCACCUGCUGCACCGCCCCAUUCUCGCUCGAGUGCUCCGCCGCUCUUGCCCACUCCUUCUGGAGGCUCAGGUCGCCCCCGUUCACAUUGUGACUACUGCAACAUUGAUGGUCAUAUUGAGUCCCAGUGCUACACAAAGCGGAAACACCUGCGCAAGGCGCGCUCAUCCUCCUCAGGGACUUCGUCAUCUCCCUCGACAGCUUCAGCCAUUGCUUUGACUGAGCAGGAUAUUCUGAGACUUAAGCGUCUGCUCGCGGCCUCAGGUUCUUCCUCGACGGGUACUGCUGGUUCUGUGACUGAUGCUUCCCGCACUGAGCACCCGCCCUCUACACAGUCAGGAUCGUCGCACGCACACUCUGGUUGGGGCUGGCCCUCGCCGCCGUGAUUCUCAGGGUCUUUGGGAGUUGGACUGGCUUCAUGUUCCUUCCGCUGCCACCACCAUCGCCAGUCCCUCCGCUGCUGUCGCCUCUGUUACUGGUUCCUUCAAGCAGUGGCAUCAUCGACUUGGUCAUCUGUGUGGUUCUCGGUUAUCGUCUUUAGUUCGUCGAGGUCUUCUGGGGUCUGUCUCAGGAGAUGUCUCUUUAGAGUGUCAGGGUUGUCGUCUUGGCAAGCAGAUUCAGUUACCAUAUUCACAUAGUGAGUCAGUGUCUAAGCGUCCUUUUGAUUUAGUCCAUUCUGAUGUAUGGGGUCCGGCUCCUUUCGCUUCGAAAGGUGGUCAUAAAUACUAUAUUAUUU